AUGGAGACUAACACAAGACGGAUGGUUACCUUGAAUGGGUCCAAUUAUCAUGUGUGGAAAAGGAAGAUGGAAGAUCUCUUGUACGUGAAGGAUUAUUAUUUGCCCGUGUUUACCGAUGAGAAGCCGUCGGAUAAAACUGAUAAAGAAUGGGAGCUUUGUCACCGUCAGGUGUGUGGCUACAUUAGGCAAUGGGUAGAUGAUAAUGUCCUCAACCACGUUAGUGAAGAAAAGCAUGCACGGAACUUGUGGAAUAAACUCGAAGAGUUAAAGUUUCUCAAGGAGAAUCCGAAUGACAAAGGCAAAGAAAAGAAGGCUGAAGAUGGUGAAGACGGUGAGAAGGUAGCGACGGCUACUAAUGAUUUUCUUAUCAUUUAUGAAGGCGAUGCCGUCAAUGUCGCUUGUCAGGAGACUAGUUGGGUGAUCGAUAGCGGUGCUUCAAUUCAUGUCACAUCGCGAAGGGAUUUCUUCAGGUCCUACACUCCCGGUGACUUCAGAAGUGUUAGGAUGGAAAAUGAUGGUAUUGCUAAGGCAGUUGGCAUGGGAGACGUGCACUUGGAGACUGAAAAUGGCAACACCUUAGUUUUGAGAGGUGUGAAGCAUGUUCCCAACAUUCGCAUGAAUUUGAUAUCUACCGGCAAGCUCGAUGAUGAAGGGUUUUGUAACACCUUUCGAGACAGAAAGUGGAAACUCACGAAGGGAUCCUUGAUUGUGGCGAGAGGGCAAAAGUAUUCUUCAUUGUACGUGAUGAACGUGAAGAUUGUGGAUCCUAUGAUCAAUGCGGUGGAUGAUGAACGCACUGUGGAACUUUGGCACAACCGACUUAGCCACAUGAGCGAGAAGGGUUUGAUAGUGUUGGCCAAGAAGAAUCUCCUCCCAGAUCUAGUUCCUAUACCUAUUGUGUAUCCUGAUCAAGGGGGAGCGGCGCCGGAGACUGAUAUUGGUCCUAAAAAUGGUGAUGUCCCCAAUGGUGAUGUCCCCACAGUUGAUGUUGUUGAGCCAACUGAUGAAGUUUAA